GUCACGUGGCACAGCUCCGCCCGCCUUCCCUAUCUCGGCAGUCGACUCCUCAGUCCUGCAGGCGCCUCUGGCGGGCUCCGCCGAGAUCCGCUCUCUCGGCGCUCGACUCGCCCGUGCUGCUGCGGCCGCCGAAGGAGGGGCGAAGCUCAAGAUGGCGGACAAAACGCCAGGCGGAUCUCAGAAGGCCAGUUCGAAGACCAGAUCAUCAGAUGUUCAUUCAUCUGGAUCUUCAGAUGCACAUAUGGAUGCAUCUGGACCCUCAGAUAGUGACAUGCCAAGUCGGACACGACCUAAGAGCCCAAGAAAGCAUAAUUAUAGGAAUGAGAGUGCCCGUGAAAGCCUUUGUGAUUCUCCUCAUCAAAAUCUUUCAAGACCUCUUCUUGAAAACAAACUUAAAGCAUUCAGUAUUGGAAAAAUGAGUACAGCUAAGCGAACCUUAAGUAAGAAGGAACAAGAAGAGUUAAAGAAAAAGGAAGAUGAAAAGGCAGCUGCUGAGAUUUAUGAGGAAUUUCUUGCUGCUUUUGAAGGAAGUGAUGGUAAUAAAGUGAAGACAUUUGUGCGUGGAGGUGUGGUUAAUGCAGCUAAAGAAGAACACGAAACAGAUGAAAAAAGAGGUAAAAUUUAUAAACCAUCUUCAAGAUUUGCAGAUCAAAAAAAUCCUCCAAAUCAGUCAUCCAAUGAAAGACCACCAUCUCUUCUUGUGAUAGAAACCAAAAAACCUCCACUGAAGAAAGGGGAGAAAGAAAAGAAAAAAAGCAAUUUGGAACUCUUCAAAGAAGAAUUGAAACAAAUUCAGGAAGAGCGUGAUGAGAGACAUAAGACAAAAGGCAGGUUAAGCCGAUUUGAGCCUCCUCAGUCAGAUUCUGAUGGUCAGCGUCGUUCCAUGGAUGCGCCUUCCAGAAGAAAUAGAUCAUCUGGUGUUCUUGAUGAUUAUGCACCUGGCUCACAUGAUGUAGGAGAUCCAAGCACUACUAAUUUAUAUCUUGGAAACAUUAAUCCACAGAUGAAUGAAGAAAUGCUUUGUCAAGAAUUUGGAAGAUUUGGACCCUUAGCCAGUGUGAAAAUUAUGUGGCCUAGAACUGAUGAAGAAAGAGCAAGAGAGAGAAAUUGUGGCUUUGUGGCCUUUAUGAAUAGAAGAGAUGCUGAAAGAGCUUUAAAAAAUUUAAAUGGAAAGAUGAUUAUGUCUUUUGAAAUGAAGUUAGGUUGGGGUAAAGCUGUGCCUAUUCCUCCACAUCCAAUAUACAUUCCGCCUUCUAUGAUGGAACAUACACUUCCCCCACCUCCAUCAGGACUGCCUUUUAAUGCGCAGCCUAGAGAGAGGUUAAAAAACCCCAAUGCUCCAAUGUUACCGCCACCUAAAAACAAGGAGGAUUUUGAGAAGACUCUGUCGCAAGCCAUAGUCAAAGUGGUUAUCCCAACAGAAAGGAAUUUGCUCGCCCUGAUACAUCGAAUGAUAGAGUUUGUUGUACGUGAAGGGCCAAUGUUUGAAGCUAUGAUUAUGAACAGAGAAAUCAACAAUCCUAUGUUCAGAUUCUUAUUUGAAAACCAGACACCAGCCCAUGUUUACUAUAGGUGGAAGCUUUAUUCUAUUCUGCAGGGAGAUUCUCCAACUAAGUGGCGGACAGAAGAUUUUCGUAUGUUCAAAAAUGGGUCUUUCUGGAGGCCACCACCAUUAAAUCCAUACCUGCAUGGGAUGUCAGAAGAGCAAGAAACAGAAGCUUUUGUAGAGGAGCCCAGUAAAAAGGGAGCACUUAAGGAAGAACAGAGGGACAAAUUAGAAGAAAUUCUACGGGGGUUAACUCCAAGGAAAAAUGAUAUUGGAGAUGCAAUGGUUUUCUGUCUUAAUAAUGCUGAAGCUGCUGAAGAAAUAGUGGAUUGCAUUACUGAAUCAUUGUCCAUCUUAAAGACACCCCUCCCCAAAAAGAUUGCCAGAUUAUAUUUGGUUUCUGAUGUUUUGUAUAACUCUUCAGCCAAAGUUGCCAAUGCUUCAUAUUAUAGAAAAUUUUUUGAAACAAAGUUAUGUCAGAUAUUUUCAGACCUCAAUGCUACCUAUCGUACAAUUCAAGGCCAUUUACAGUCUGAAAACUUCAAGCAACGGGUAAUGACCUGCUUCAGAGCAUGGGAGGAUUGGGCAAUUUAUCCAGAACCAUUUUUGAUCAAACUACAAAAUAUUUUCUUAGGACUUGUAAAUAUUAUUGAAGAAAAGGAAACAGAGGAUGUACCAGAUGACCUUGAUGGUGCCCCCAUUGAGGAAGAGCUUGAUGGUGCACCUCUAGAAGAUGUGGAUGGAAUUCCUAUUGAUGCUACUCCCAUUGAUGAUCUUGAUGGGGUCCCUAUAAAGAGUCUUGAUGAUGAUCUUGAUGGAGUGCCUUUGGAUGCAGCUGAGGACUCAAAGAAGAAUGAGCCUAUAUUUAAAGUUGCCCCAUCAAAAUGGGAAGCUGUAGAUGAAUCUGAAUUGGAAGCACAGGCUGUAACAACUUCUAAAUGGGAGUUAUUUGACCAGCAUGAAGAAUCAGAAGAAGAAGAAAAUCAAAAUCAAGAAGAAGAAAGUGAAGAUGAAGAAGAUACUCAAAGUUCCAAAUCAGAAGAACAUCAUUUGUACUCUAACCCAAUCAAAGAAGAAAUGACUGAGUCCAAGUUUUCUAAGUACUCUGAAAUGAGCGAGGAAAAACGAGCUAAACUUCGUGAAAUUGAGCUUAAAGUCAUGAAGUUUCAGGAUGAAUUGGAAUCUGGAAAAAGACCCAAAAAACCAGGCCAGAGCUUUCAGGAGCAAGUAGAACACUACAGAGAUAAACUUCUUCAACGAGAGAAAGAGAAAGAAUUAGAAAGAGAACGAGAAAGGGAUAAAAAGGAUAAAGAAAAAUUGGAAUCUCGAUCCAAAGACAAGAAAGAAAAAGAUGAAUGUACUCCAACAAGGAAAGAAAGGAAGAGGCGACACAGCACAUCCCCUAGCCCAUCUCGCAGUAGCAGUGGUAGACGAGUGAAAUCCCCUUCACCCAAAUCGGAACGAUCAGAGCGUUCAGAAAGAUCUCAUAAAGAGAGCUCACGGUCCAGGUCAUCUCACAAAGAUUCUCCUAGAGAUGUUAGCAAAAAGGCCAAAAGAUCACCAUCUGGCUCGAGGACACCUAAAAGGUCUAGGCGAUCACGGUCUAGAUCCCCUAAAAAGUCAGGGAAAAAGUCCAGAUCCCAGUCCCGAUCUCCACACAGGUCUCAUAAAAAGUCAAAGAAAAACAAACACUGACAUAAAUUUUUAAGAUGCUGUCACUUAUUGGAAAUGCAGUUUUGUUUUGUGCCUGAAUGGUCUGUUUUUGUUUUUUUUUUUAAAAAAAACAAAAAAUCAAAGAGCAUUCCUGGAUUUUUUGUUUAUUUGUUUGUGAAUGCAUGUGUAAACUCAUGAGUAACUGCAUCUGUAGACCUGUCAUUGUUUUAUAUUGUAUAAAUUACUUUCGUUGUGGCUGUUUCUCAAGAUGAAAUUUUUAUUGUGCUAAUGAAUUUCAUCAGAAAUGUGUAUAAUGGAUCUGCUGGCAGUAGUAGUAUUUUGUUUUAGGAUGUUGUGACUUAGCAAAAAUAAUACAGAUGUCUUCCCCCCUUUUGUAGCUUUGACAAUUUGAAUUAGAUUUCAAAUAAAAUCUGAACAGAAAACUAUAAUGUUGUUUUUUUGCCCUAUUGGUGACAUCAAGUCCCUUAAAGUCCUACUAAGUGAGUUUAGCACUUCUGUUGUGUUUCUUAUACUUAAUGCACUUUAUAAGCUCCAUUGUUCAAGUAGCUAAAGUUUUAUAUUUACCAAGAUGACUAUCAAAAUUAAGGGACCUGAGACUCCUAUUAGGUAGGGUUGCCAACCAACUUUUUCAAUGAGGUUAUCUUGGGUAAUAGUAGUACCCAGAGAUCAAAAGACUAGGGAAAGGUGUCAUGGUCUUUUUUGUUAAUGGAAUGCCUGGCUAAAACAUUUUUUCUUUCAUCAAAGAAGCAAUAUGAUUUCAGUAUACUCAGCCUAUGUCCUGAGCAACUACUUAUUUUUAGGGAAAAAUUUAAUCUCCAUCUUUUGAUUUCAUCUUGUAUCAUGAAAGAAGUUUAUUUAUAAAAUAAAUUUUCUAACAAGAGUUGGCCAUAGAAGUUUUUUAUAUGAUAAUUGCCCUUUUAUAGCUCUUGGUAGGUUAUCUUUCAAACACUGGUAUCAGUAUAUUUCUACAAAGUUCUGUUUAAAGCACCUAGUUUUUUGUUUUUUCAAGAAUUGAGUUUUAGGUUUAGUUUAAGUAAAGCUUAAAAGUAUAAAUAGCUUUCAGGAAACUUAACAUCUAAUGGUUUGUAAAUUCAAGGUGCAAAAAGUUGAUUUAAACAAUUUGCAGAGUUAAAAUCUGGUUUAUAAUGGGAAUAAAAUUGCUACAGUGUGAGGAAGAAAUAAGAAAACUUGUAUAAUGUUGAUCAUAAUAUUGCUAUCAAUAUAAUGUCAUAAAGGGUUAUGUAGACUUGAACUGAUAAUACUACUAUUUGUGAAUCUUUCAGUUUUUCUAGACACUUUAUGCUGUGGUUUGAUGUCCCCCUUUCAUCCCCACCCCCUUAAUAGAGAAAGUAGAAAACCAUUAUAAUAAGUGGUUGUUUUGAGCAACCUUUUAAAACUAUAUUUUCAUGUAAUUUUACUUGAUGUUGCCUAGUUACAAAAUUACGCUGUACCAAUGAUUUGGGGAGGAGGUUUAUUACCUGAGCAGUGAGGCGUGCUAUUUCCAAAUUGGGGAAAACCUACAGCAGCUUUACAAAUGAGCCAAUCAGAUUAUUUGACUUAAUAGUUCUUAUCAACAUGCAAUAAUGUUUGAAAGUUAUUCCCUUAUUGUUCACUCUUGUUUGACCAUAAUGUUAGGGAAUGUUAAUUCCUAAAUGUUGCUCAGAAUAAUUAAACAUGAACACUUGGUGCUGGUUUUUAAAAACCUACAGAUACAGCCAUUUUUAAAGUAACAUGCUUUUUUUCCCUCUGUUCAUUGCCUGGAGGGAGGGGAAUUUUAUAUAUUACCUUUCUGUGCAAAAAUAAUGUUGAGUUGCUAGUGAUUUGGGCAUUCCAUCAUUAGUUGGUAUCUAGUAUAGCUUAGAAAUAAUUGAUCAGGUAAUGUUUUUUUUCCAGUCAAGUUACAAGGAAUGCUUAUUUCUCUCCUUUUAAAUUAAAAAAAUAUAUAUCCUGGAGAAGGAGGGGUGAGAGUAGAAAUUGUUAGGUCAGUUUUGAGUGCUUAUUUGUAGUAUUUUUGCUACUGUAAUGGAAUUUAGCAGUUCUUUUAAUUUGGAUCCAGAUACAACAAAUAUCUUACAGAGGAAAAGACUGGCUUCCUUUUGGGGAGGUGGGUGGGGAUUGCUUAGGCUUGAUAGAGUAUGUAGUCUCUAAAGUUUGCUAAUGUGUGUAUUAGAUUAUAUUGGAUUUUUUUCUGGAAUUGCAAAUGGUAUUGUUGCAUAGGUUAUUUCCAGUCUUAGUGAGAAAAUAUGUAGAGUAGGUCUGUUUAAUUCUUCAUGGAUUCUAUGAAAGUUUAACAGGAUGAGAAAUUGGUGAAUUCUAAGGUGGGAGAUACUUUACCAUUUUUUAAAAAUAGCAUAUUAUUCAUUUGUUUUACAUCUAAAGAACACUUCAUUAGAUAGCAGAAUUUCUACAAGUUGACUAAGAUUUUUGUAGGGUAACUUCCUAGUUAGGGGAAAUACCAUGCUCCAGCUCUGUAAUAGAUGGUUAUUAUGCUCUACCAAGUAAGAAGAAAUCCUCUGUUAACCUACUCUUCUUACAAAGGGCGUGGCUUAAACUCUACCCUCUAUCCUAACAUAAGAAACAGGGAUUUCUUACCAGGUUAAUACCAUUUAGUCUCCUUCUCCUACACUGAGAGAAAGUAAAUAAAUGGUGGUCUGUUUCUUACCAAAGAGAGACCUAUGAUUGAAAAGGAUCAUGUUUGUUUAUCUUUUCUUUGACAUUGUAUUUCAUUAUUACCAUUAGUAAGCAUAUGGACAUUUCUAAACUGUAACAUGUUGAGAAGUUAGAGAUUAAAGAACUCAAACAACAAAAAGUCCUGACCCAAAAGAAUGCUUUUAUGAUGCUCAGAUUGUUGUUGGCUUUUCUGCUAAAGUUUGCAGAAAUUACUAUACACUGACCUAAUUUUUCUUUAUUGCAGACCAUUCCUGUGAGCUAACCCUGAGACUUUUAUCCCAAUUAAAGAAUCUUAGAAGAAAUACUUGCUUAUGACUUCUGUAUUUUCCCCCAAUUUUAAUAUUCUUGAAAAUAUUUUUAAGUAGUUCUAAUCAUGAUUUAAAUUUAUUAGACAUUUUCUCACACAUUUGCCUUUGUGAUCACAUAAAUUCUGACGUUAUAUGGCCAUGAUAAUAGCCUAUCAUUAUGAUUAUUAAAACUGAGAAAAAAUAAAUCCCUGUAUUGCCAAAGUGAUGUAAGCUAUUCUAAUGACCACAACAGUGUGAUUUCCUCAACAGAGAAUGUUGUUUUUAAAAAUAAAUAGUACCGCUUUUCUAAGACUGUGCAUUUAUGAAAUAGCUUUUUUCUGUUUCCUUUUAUACUUUAAUGGAAAAGCUAGUUACAGAAAAUACAGUUCAGAUAGUAUUGAAGACACUAGUAUAAAAGAACAUGUGACUGUAAAAACUCACAAAGUGCUUGGUUUCUUUGUAUUUCACAUGCAGGUUUUAGGCAGAUUGUAGGGGUAUUUAAUUUGUUACCCUUUUGGCUUUCUUUCCUCCAUUUUUGUCAUCAACUUCCCAGGACUUAGAUAUCCACAAAUGCAGAUCCCAGGGGAAGUGUUGUGAUGAUAGACUGAAAGGUGGGAAUGUGCUGCUGUUCAGAGUGAGCCAUGUUCCAUUGUUGAAAAUUCAAUGCCUCAGUGUUUAUUCAGUACCACCUCAUGGAGCUUCAGUGUAAAUGGAUUAUGUGUAUAAUUGGUUAUUUAUAUAGUUUUGUAGAUCUAUAGAUAAAAUGCCCUCAAUCAUUUUCAUGUAAUUGUGCUUGGAGUAUUUGUUUUAUCCUUUUUACUUCAGCAGGCUCCUGUACGUUAUAUCUCUGGUGAUUUGAAAUAUCAGGAAAGACAGUUUUUCAGGAAUGAGAAUAAUAUAGUUGAACUCAGCUCAGCUGAAAUCUUUUGCAGCAAGACAAUUUCUUUUGGGUGAACUGAUUCCAUAAUUUAGUUACUCUUGAUGUAAGGAUUAAGUUUAUUGUGGAGCUGCUUUCCAGACUGUCACUUUAUAGUUUUUCUACAUAAAGAUUAUAUAGUUGCAAAGGUUGUGGAAUUUCCCUUUUGUUGUUGUUUUUUGACUUUUAAUUACUUUAAUAAAAAUAUGUUGUUUUCAUAGCAAACUUUAGCCUGUUCAUGUAAUUUUUCUUCAUGUAGUUUUUCUAAUACAAGUCCAGUAAACCAUGUCUGGUUAUCAGCAGCUUUCUCUCAAGUGGAAUAAGUGAUGUGUCACAUUUAUCAGUUGUAGCUAAAAUGUUACAUUUUCUAUGUUUAAACUCUAAUAAAAUAUUUUCAUGAUA